AUGAUUGCUGAAUUCCAAGUCAUCUUGGCUGAGGCAGACAAAGGCAAGAAAGGGGGAAGAGGAUUGAAGAAAGCUACGAAGAAAGGCGCUGCUAAAGAAGGACCUACCGAGGGUGCGAAAACCCCAUCGAAAAAGCAAAAGGCUCCUAUUGCGUCUACUGCUGCACCAAAGAGAAGCAAGCAACCUGCUAUAAGGCUUAUAUCUCCCACUCCCUCUCCAUCCCAGAGUGAAACCAAACGUUUGGAAUCUGAUUCCGUGUCGGAGAUCCGCAUUGAGGAGAAUCAGCCCAUUCACAGUGAAGAUCAAGGGCCACUUCGUAAUGAGGAGGACGAACAUGUUCACAACGAACCUCCUGUUCACACUGAAGUUCCACCCCAAGAUCGUGAGAAUCCACCAUUCCACCCUAAGCAUCUACUGCACCUUCCUUUUCAAAUCAGGAUUGAUAGUGAAGAUGAAGCCUCUACUACGAAAGGGGACCUCAAGUCUCUUCACGAGAAGAUCGGCCAGUUGAUUCUUGCAUCCAAGCCUUCUUUUUCUGAGGCUUACUCCAAAGCAGUUGUUGAGUCCAUUCUUGAGCGCCUCAUAAAAGAACAUGCAUCUAACACCUCUACCAUGACCAAGGAAGUUUCUGACUCUGCUGAUGUUUGUAAAUCAACGACCGAAAAAGUCGAUAAACUAAUUGCUAACACCAUCGAGUUUAUGGAAGAUUACAAGACUACCUACAACUCCAACACCAUCACUGCGAACAAGGCCAUUCAGAACGUGUGGGGCAUGUUUAAAGCAAAAAGGACGAACUACGAUGAACUUUGCAAGGGGUUUCAGUAUGAUAAUAAAGCAUUCCAGUCUCCCAUCGAUGUGAAGAUCUCAAAGCUUCAGGAGUAA